AUGAAGUUAGUGCCAAGAGAAGAAGGUAGAAAUCGGCCUGUCGUUCAAAUGAAUCUGUUUGGAAUUGACGUAGACUGUUGCAUGGCAACUAGAAAUCACCCAUUCUUUAUACUAUGCAAUCAGCAAGACGGAGAGCAAAUGUUACAGACCAUCCACAACUAUUUCAGACAAUUUUUCGGGUGUUCUAUUGAAUAUCAUUUAGAAAGUCGUUGCUUGGACUAUAUACCAAGACUGGAGAACAUCAAGAGUAGUAAUAUUUGUUUCUGGAAUGAAGAAGCGAGUACACAAUUGUGGGAUGGGUACAUAACUCUCUCACCCUCACAGGACUAUAUUCGAUUGAAUGGAUGCGGAAGUUAUGAAAACGAACAAAGUUUGAAACUGGCUCAGACCAAAGUGCUUGACCUAUGGAUCCCGGACAGUAAAGCCGGAGAUAUUUUGAAGAAUUUCAAGGGAAGACAUCUGUUCAUAAGUGGUGGAACAGUCAAAAAUGAUGAUGUCAUUCAGUUUCUGAACAGUUGGAAAUCAAAUCAGACACAUCAAAAUUUGGAGUACUUGAGUAUACAUCGCGAGAGAGGACUUUAUCAGGAUUUAAAAAGGGAUCUAAAUCCUGAAAAAAUAAUGAGAAACCUUGACAUCAAACGGUUUGACCCGAAUCAGAAGAUGCCGAUUUAUCGUUAUGACAGAAGAAGAAGAGAUUGGGGUAAAUGCGAAUGGAAAAUCGAAGAAUUCAGUAGUCCACAUUUCAUAGUUCGAGAUGCUGAUCAACACGUGGCAUCACUGGAAGUCACAACUCGAGGAAUCAAAUUUGCUUCAUGGAAAAUGACAGAAGAAGAGGUUAUGAGAGGAAGAAUUCAGAAGACUUUCCAACGAACUCCACUCCAAAACGCUGACCCUCCCAGAAAUUCCAUGAAAUUUUCAAAAUUUUCAAGGCAGAUUCAGAGAGAGAUAUUGUCGAGCAUGGAGUUGGUGGAUCUGUUGAUGAUGGCUUCUUGUUCUCAGAUUUUCUAUCAAAAUAUGAAAUCAUUGAUGAGAAGCCGUUUCGACAAGAUACUCACAAUCACUUAUGAGUGGAGACCGCCGUCGCGCCUCAAUAUUUCCUCAUCUAGUAGUGGAUACAAUCCAUUUAUGAGUAUCAAAAUGAGGUAUGAACUGAGAGGUCGUCCACUUAUCUCAAUGAAUUUUCUCGGAAUGGAUUUACAAGUGAGUAUGCCAACCAGAAAUCAUCCACUUAUGGUACUACUCAAUUUGGAACAGGAACAAACACUGCUUCCAUCUAUCCACAAUUACUUCCUUGACUUCUUUGGUUCAUCCAUUAAAUAUCAGUUAAAUGUUAAACUUCUGAUGCCACCAUUUUCAAAACUGAAGAAUAUCACUAGUACAGAUGUAUCCAAUCACAUAGGAGUAGCUGCGUUCCACGAUUUCCUUGCGAUAUCUCCUAAUCAGGAUUUUAUCGGACUAUCUGAAUUAGAAAGCCCUUUGCUUGGAAGAAAUUUGGAAUUUGCUAGGACGAAAGUGUUACAUAUUGGUGAAACGAACUGCUCGGCAGAUGACAUUUUAUCCAAUUUCGAAGGAAGACAGUUGUUUAUUGACGAUGGAAUCAUAAGCGAUGGAGCUAUCAUUCAGUAUCUGAACAAGUGGAGAUCAAAUGAAGGAUAUCAGAAUUUGGAAUAUUUCAGUAUUUAUGUCUCUCCAUUUAAAAAUCCUCUCAGUCCGAACCAAAUCAUGAAUAGUAUUCCAAUCAAUCGCUUGGACUUACCUGAUCAACUGCCAGUUUAUCAAUUUGCAAAGAAAGAUUGGAAACUUACUUGGCGAAUUCAUAUGUUCAGCAGUCCAGAUUAUAUUGUUAGAGAGACUGAUCAACACGUGGCAUCUAUAAAAAUUAAGGAGAAUAAUAUCACUUUUGCCGCUUCGAAUAUGACUGAAAAGGAGUUUUUGGAGAAACGCCUCGUCAAAAGACUCUAUUGA